AUGCAUAAGACUUAUUCGUUGAGAGGCACAAGAGCCCCAACAGCCUCACAAUUACGUGACCCUCCUCCUCCAAGAGCUACCACUAAGGGUAGAUUCUUUGGUAAAGGGUCUAUUGGUUCUCAUUUCAAGAUCCGUACUGCACACGCGUUUGCUCCUGAAAUGGCCAAGCAAUUAACUCAAUUGGUCAAAUAUGAAAAAAACAUUUUGAAAGCCAUGGAAAGAUCUGCCAUUUGCAAAAGAGACUCUGCUAAAGUGUUAUCGCUUUGGGGUAUGGAAAAUGACGAUGAUGUUUCAGAUAUCACUGAUAAAUUAGGUGUCUUAAUCUAUGAAUUGGGAGAAUUGGAUGACCAAUUCAUUGAUAGAUAUGAUCAAUAUCGUUUGACUUUGAAAUCCAUUAGAGAUGUGGAAAGUGGUGUUCAACCUUCAAGAGAUAGAAAGGCAAGAUUACAAGACAAGAUUGCCAUGGUCAAAUUCAGAGAACCAGAUUCUCCAAAAUUGGAAUUAUUAGAACAAGAAAUGGUUAGAGUCGAAGCAGAAUCAUUGGUUGCCGAAGCCCAAUUAUCAAACAUUACUAGAUCUAAAUUGAGAGCUGCUUUCAAUUAUCAAUUCGAUUCUAUUAUCGAACAUUCUGAAAAGAUGGCCUUGAUUGGUGGUUACGGUAAAGCUUUAUUAGAGUUAUUGGAUGAUUCUCCAUUAACUCCAGGUGAAACAAGACCUGCUUACGAUGGGUAUGAAGCAUCCAAACAAAUCAUAAUAGAUUGUGAAAAUGCUUUGAAUGAAUGGACUUUAGAUUCUGCUCAAGUGAAACCAACUUUAUCAAUGAUGUAUCCAGAGGAUGCCGGUUUCAAUCAUCAACAAUAUAUCGACGAUGAAGAAGAAGAACCAGAGGAAGAGCCAGAAGAAGAAGAAUAUGACUCAAAUGGUAACCCAAUAGAAUACUUCGAUGAAGAAGAACAAUAUAUUGACCAACAACCUUGGGAUGCUCGUCAACAUCAGCAACAAAGAAAUAAUCAUCAACGUAUGCCGUACCAGAUGAAAGCCUAA